CCUAGAGCGACUUAUGUGUCGAAUUAAGCUAUUAAUGGAUUUAAUGUGUGGAGAUUUUGGGUUAUUCUUUUAAACAAAGAUCCAAAAUCGUAAUCACGGGCAGAGAAAGAGAGAUGGCUACAUUGAUUUAGUUCUGCACGACAAUUAAGGAAGGUAAAUGGUUAUUCAAUGUGUCCUGUAAUGCGUAACGAGCAGAAAAAAAAUUUUAAUACACCUUGUGGUGGGUAUAAAAAAACUUGAAAGCUUAUGUUUAGUAUGGGGCAACCCGCAUAAGUUUCAAAUAUUAGAGGAAGCACGAGGAUUAAAAUCUCCAUAUUAAUUUUUGCGGUUUGGAGAACUUCGAGAAAAAUACAUAUCGAAUAUCACAAAAGUUGUUGUAAAACAAAAAAAAAAUGUCGGACGGAGCUUCUAAUAGUAACAAUGCUGAGUCCAAUAGCGAUAAUGAAGACAAGAAAAAAAGAAUGUCGGACGGCGCUUCCACUGGGUCCAACAGCGAUAAUGAAGACAAAAACGGGGCAGUAUUCAAAAAGCCCAAAGCUAAAGUUCCUCUUAACGAGAAAACCAAUGAUAAUGAUGCCAAUACCAGUGCCAUUUCACCAAUGCACUCAGAUAACAGCACCGCAGUGGAAGCUUUAAUACAAUCGUAUCUGGAAAUUACUCAUGAUCAGCAGUCCUUAGACGAGGCCACUAAUUAUAUGUAUGACUCUAUUUUGGAUGAUGCUGUUAUGGGCGUGUUGUUAGAAAUACAUCAUUUGGCUAGGACUGGUAAUUUGGCUGCAUUAGAUGGCGUAAAUAGCGAUGAUGAUGAGGCAUCGUCGUCAAGAACUAUUGUUAAUAUGGAAAAUCAUGACAUAUUUGGUGUUCCUAUUGGUAAAAAACCUAUGGAUUGCUGCUGUCCUAACUGUGAUAGGACCGUAGCGGCAGUACGUUUUGCUCCACAUCUAGAGAAAUGCAUGGGAAUGGGUCGAUCCUCGGCGCGCAUAGCCAGCCGGCGUAUUAACGCCGCCAACGCUGCAUCUUCUUCGUCCUCGUCUUCGGCGCGCCCGCAAGCAAAUCAGGAAAACAAGGAAACCACUGACCCAUCGUCUUCAGAUAAACGUCGUAAGAAGGUAACACGUAGUACAACGAAAAAAAAAUAAUAGCCGUGAUCAGCUGUGGUUUAAGAAUUGAAUACUUUCUUUCCCUCUUUGCUUAAAAUAGUUCUUCAAUAGAUUGGUUUUUUAAAGUUCGCAAAGCAACGUGAGGACUGCGCACAAGCCUUUUUUUCUUUUUUUUUCUAUCAUUACACACAGGUCGAAUUCGUCUUACAUUUCAUGAACAUUUAUUUCCCUUUUCCAUUAUUUAGAAGCAAGUUUAUAUAAUAAUACAGCAGUAACCAGAUCAAAAGUUGAAUAAAAGAAUCGUUUAACAAUU